AUGAGCCAGUCUACAAUUCUAGAGCGCCUGUCCGCGCUGGACACCAACACCAUAUCGGAUGCCCUCGAUUUCCUGCAUCUCAAAGGCGCGACUUAUGGACUGCGGCCGUUAUGGGACUGCCCCAAGAUCGUUGGCCGGGCAAGCACCAUAAAAGUCGGCGUUAAGCAGGAGGGUACCGCUCCGACAACCCAUCUCAUUACACCUGUCAUAGAUGCCAUAACCACAAACGACCGCAUUCUGGUUAUUGCUGGUGGCACCGAGGGAAUCUCCUGCUGGGGGGACAUCAUCGCCAACGCCUCGCAAAUGAAGCAUAUUCGCGGGACAGUGAUUGAUGGCGUGAGUCGUGACAUCGACGGGAGUCGCGAUAUUGGAUAUCCGGUCUAUGGCCUGGGCGUGACGAUGAUCAGCGCGCGUAACCGGCUCGUGCAGUUGGACUCUGGGACACCGCUGCAGGUGCGAGGCGUCACAGUUAAUCAAGACGACUACGUGAUUGCUGAUCGAUGUGGGACUGUCUUCGUCCCAGCCGAGCGUAUCGAGGACGUCGUGGAAUUGGCAGAGCGUAUUGACCGUCGUCAGUCUCUGAUGGUGAAGGAUGUUCGAGCAGGCAAGGCUGUAUCUGAGGUGAUGCACGAUACCAAGUUCGAGGCCAUUCACAACCCCAAAGCAUCGACAGCUGCACGGGCAUCAAGACCUAGGAACCCCAGAGAAGCGUCGCCCGAGGAUCAAGAGCUAUCUUCCCUAUUCGCCAGCUCAGAUACACCUGCUGUUUCCGACGCACUGGAUAAACUCGGUAUUCCAGGACAGGCGCUCAAUAUCAUGCCCUUAACCGACUACAGCAAAGUGACUGUCGGACCGGCAUUCACAGUGCGAUACGUCCCGGCCAGCAACCCCCCAGGCAGCGUGGGUGAUUUCAUCGACGAUGUCGCUGCGGGUGAUGUUGUAGUCAUCGACAACGGCGGCCGCACUGACUGUACAGUCUGGGGCGAUAUCAUGACCCAGUAUGCCGGCCUACGCGGUAUUGCAGGGACGGUGAUUGACGGGGUCUGCCGCGACGUGAACCGCGCAAUCGGGGAUGAAUACCCGAUCUUCAGCACUGGUCGAUGGAUGCGAACUGGCAAGGAUCGAGUUGAGGUCGGGGGUAUUAAUGAAGCCGUUGGUAUUGGGAAGGUCCAUGUCCAGCCGCGCGAUAUCGUCGUUGCCGAUGCCAAUGGAGUGGUCAUUGUUCCCAGGGGACGAGCGCGCGAGGUUGCUGAAGUUGCAGCUAAAGUUGAACAGAGUGAAGAGAGUAUCAGAGAGUUAAUUUCUGGUGGUGCAUCGAUUGCUGAGGCGAGAGAGAAGCUUGGUUACCACACUCUGCAGCGCAAGGCCUGA